AUGUUUGGCACAGUUGAGGUCUGUGGUAUGGAAUCGUUAAAUGAAAAACACAUUGAAUUUACUUUGGUUUAACUGACUUGUGGGUUAACCCUAUCAAUCCCAGGCCUUUGGAAUGGCCUCCCUCCUCUCUACCUUUACUUACUGCAUAUUGGAACAUUUGACUCACUCCACAGCAUACAAGUACUCUGUUCAGGAGAUACAGGGCCAGGGGUUAAGAUGUUUACCAGACCACACCCACUCCAGAGUCCAGACAGUAGAGCAAAGCUCCACGUCCCAUAUGUGUAGACACUUGAUGAGGGGUGAAAUGAGGGCUUGACCUCAUUUGGUCUGAAGAUUAUCAUGUGCAGGCAGUCAGUGGAUGAUGUUGCCCAGUAGAAGUUGCAUCACUGUGUGAUUAAAAGCUUAUGGCAACAGCUUAUGACAACCCUGUAGAAUGUGGGCCUCAGGGACCUAGUUGACCUCGCUACUAAAGAGCAGUCAGACUACCGUACCGAGGUUGAGUUAGAUAGGUGAGAAGGGAGCCCUCUAUUUGAAAAUGAAGACCUCUGUAAAUAUGUUUUAUACCUUUGUAUGAUGUGUAGUACAUGUAGUCAGCCGUAUGUGUUUGUCUCUGUAAUAUGCCAUCCAGGACAAGGUUGUAUGGGUAAGCUAUGGUUCUUCUCUCAGUCUUUUCACCUGUGUAUUUUGUAUCUGUGUGAGCAUGUGUGUGGGUCUGAUCAUCAGAUUCAGGCGUCUGCAUGCUAACUGUUUCAGGUGUAUGUGUGCAAGUAUGUAUGCAAUGUGUGCAUGUGUGUGAGAGAGAAGGGGGAGAAAAAGAGAGAAAGAGCUAGAAACAAGAUGGCUGUCCAUUAUAUGCCCACAGGAUGAGCAUAGAAGGCUAAGUGACACUCCCAGAGAAUGAGCAAAGGUUUGUUCCUCCCUUUCAUCUAUAAUUCGGUACUAAAGACUUUUGAAGAGAGGCUUGCUCCCAAUAUUCCCUCUAAACUACACCACAGGCGCGCAGUAGCCCCAAGAUAGCUGCGCAGCUCCCCCAGGACUGCCGCGCAGAAGAAAUACUGGAUCAGUGUCACGACUUCCUCCGAAGCUGCCUCCUCUCCUGGUUCGGGCAGGCUUCGGCGUUCGUCGUCACCGGCCUUCUAGCCACUGCCGCUCCUCAUCUCAUCAUUCCAUUUGUUUUGUCUUGUUUAUUACACACACCUGGUUCAUAUCCCCUCUUCAGUACCUGUAUAAGUGUUCUCUCUGCCCCCUUGUCCUUGUGGGUGAUUGUUUAUUUUGAAGAGAGUGUAGCUCGGUUGAGCUCCGUGUAUUUUGUAUUGCCGGGGUAUAUUUUCCCCAUGUGCCUGUUUGGUUCCAGUGCGCCUGUUUUGCGCACUGGACUGUUUGAUGCAUUUCUACGUAACUCUGUAUUCCGGAAUAAACUCUGUAUUCUGUGAUUUACCCUCCUGCACCUCUCCUUCAAAUCACCCAUCACAAUCAGCCCAUAGAGAGAAGCACUAGAUUGAAUUUCACUCUACUUUCUAGAGUUUUCCCUGUUAGUUAACACAAUCAACGUUUCCCUUUACUGUGGAAAUUGUGAUCGAAUCAACGCAAUAUUAGCCACUUUCAAUGCAACAUACCGAAACAAAAUGAACUAUGCAAGAGAGUUUGUUGCAGGCAGAACGCAUCGGAGUAGGAUUCUAUCGCAUUGACACGACUCAGCCGUCUACACAGACCGGUGGGGCAUAACCAAUCAGAGCUGCAGUAGGCCUAUAUGCAAAUAGACCAUUGCCAUACAUGGAUCUGUACCGUUUACUUGUAUCUGGACUGUCUUUACAGCUGUGGUUGUGAGUAGAUGUUCUUGUUUUGAGAUCAGAGCAAGAGAUGCAUGUAGCCACGUGUGCACAUUUUGUUUAUAUCCUUUGCUAGUUAGUGACUUAUUAGCCCAGUUAUAUAUCAUUUGUAGUCAGCAAUAUGGGAGGGAUUGCUUCCUACAAGAGCACAAAACAUGUACAUUUCUAGACAUCUUUGAAAAGCUAGUCAGGUAAAUAACUUUUGUAUGUUUUAAGGGGGUAUUUUGAGACAGGCUUGAAUAGCAAAGUAGCCAAUAGGCAGAGGGUAGCAUAAUUUGUCUGAUUCUCUGUAAUAAUUGUAUGGGAAUAAUAAUGAAUUUUUUGAAGUGGUUUCUUGCAUCAAACAACACAACACCAGUUUCAGUCACCUCCUUGUGUCACGGUUUCGGCCGAGGCUGCCUCUCUCCCUUGUUCGGGCAGGCUUCGGCGUUCGUUGUCUCCGGAGUACUAGCUGCCACCGUUGUAUGUUUCAUGUUCGUUUGCUUCUGUCUAAGUGUUGUCACACCUGUUUUCAUUCAGUGUCAUUAGUGUCCUAUUUAGUUCCCGUUGUGUGUGUCAGGUGUUGUGUAAUAUUGUCUUGUGUCAGAUGUGUUUUCGCUCGGUUGAGCUUCUCUCCACUGCGCUGGAGUUACGCACCUGUUUGUGCGCUGUUCUGUUUCGUUUUCGCCUUCGUGCGUAUUUCGCCUUCGGGCAAGAGUUGUCCGUUUUGCCGUGUUUUCGGCUCAAUACAAGUUUGUUGGAUUAUCCGUCUGCGUCCUGCAAUUGAUUCCGCCACUACACCUACAGCACACCUUGACACCUUGUAUGAAGGACAAUUGGAUAAACAGGUUAAUGUCAAGCCCUGCAUGUUUUUUUCAAAAGUCUCAUGGAAUGUAGGCCUUCAUUGAACACCACACAUUGGCUGCUACUGUAGGCUGAAUGACAGAACAGCUUUUUCCAUGUUAAAAUGUUAUGGGAUGCAUUUUCUCCAUUGUUUUUGAUGGUAGUCCACUCUGAUAGGCCUACAUUAUGAUCAAAUAGCCACAGUAGCCUACUUGGCCACUGUUAAAACUGUAACUUAAAGCGGGUACAGCCUCAGUGUUCACAGUAAAUGCGCACUGAAAGUUGAACAGAAUUUUCACAACGUUCAAGUUUGCUCUCAGCAGACCUGAAGUUUGCUCAGUGCCGAGAACAUUUUGAGGGAACAUUGCUUGCUCCUCAUCUUUAAGCCACAAGACACAUUUUAUAAGUAUGUUUUCACCUGCAUCUCUUUUUAGUAAUUUGUGUAGUGGAUAACCACUUUUUCUUGUGCUGUCCCUUGUUCUUUGUAGUUUAUGUCUGAAUAAAUCCAUUAUUGAUGUGUGUUAUAUGUUGCCCCCUACAGGUGACAAUGGAGUUUGGUUUGGACAAAAGGCACCAGACUCUUACGGGCCUGGCGUUCCCUCUACAGGAGGAGGCCAAACGCUCUCUGCAGCAACUCAAGCAGAAACGUAUCAACUACAUACAGCUGGUGAGCUGGCAUCACAUAACAAACAUACAAAACAAAGCUUUUCCCUUCGCUUGUGGACUUCAGUGCACAACACAACAAUUUUCUGUGACCAGCUGCUAAAACGUAUCCAAGCCAAACCUUCAUAACCACUAACCGCUACACAGCCUACAUCGUUAUCACCAUAUUAACAUUAUAGUCAACAAACUAGAACAAGCGCGUAAGUAAACCCACAAACCAUGUUUUUUAAAGUUGAAGCCCAUUUACUGCAUUUCUAUAUAAUUAAACAACUUUAAAAUGCCGUUAGGAGAACAGCAAAAACAAGCAAAAAUGAGCCCAGCCUUUUAUCACCUUGGCUGCUGUAGGUUCAUUCACCUCAGUUGAUCUACAAACACAUAGCCUAUUAGCUUGACAAUUGUAAUGUUAUACCCCUGAAAGGGGGGAAAUAUGAGAAAUGGUUCACACUGACACGUAGCAUCAGUGACUGUUCAGUCAGUUGUAAUGAUGAAAUGCAUAAAAUCGUCAACUCUUUACAUAGAUAUCUCUUUUCUCAAAUUACAUAGUGUUCACAUUUUUAUUCCUAGGCAUUACUAAUUAAGCUCCACACAAACAUGUUACAGGAGGGGGUCGCAGUUCCGGAGCGACCCACUAGGUGUCAUCCUCCGACAACCUUAGGCACCUCCUCACUCACAGUCGGGACUAAUCAUCAUCCUAUUGGUGUCACCUGUGUCUAUCGGUUCAGCUGUUUAUUUAUGCCCUCAUUUCCCUGUGUUCCCUUGCUCAGUUUCCUCUGCGAGUUUCUCUAUGUCCAGCAGUACUACUCAGUGUCUGAUCGGAGAUCUAUGUGCAGGUACUUGAGAAGUGUUCUCCCUGUUUCGUUAUUUGUUUCAGUCUUAGGUAAUAUUUCGUAUUUUGGCUGUAAGCCGGUUUUUGGAGACUUAUUUGCUCUGCCUUUCUUUUAUCGUGAUAAGUCCGUUAUUUUGUAUUUUGGCUUCGGGACCACCAGUAAAGAUCCUUGUUUCACCAUCUCUGCCUACUGCCUACUGUAUAUCCUGCACCGCACCUGGGUCACACCUCACCCCAACCCUUACAGAACACUGAGCCAAUAUGGACCCAGCGGAGGCAGCACAGUAUCGGAGCGCAUUGGCAACACAGGGGGCUAUGCUGAACCAACAUGACCGCAGCCUGCAGCAGAUCACCGAGAAUCUCCGCCAGCUGACGAUCGCCAUGCAGAGCCGGGUGGACACCCUACCAGACCCGGCAGCCGGCGGAGCGGAAGUCUCCAGUCUCGCCUGCGACAUCGCAGGAACCCCGCCUACCACCUCCGGAGAGGUAUGACGGAUGUCCAGAGGGCUGCAGGGAAUUCCUCACCCAGUGUUCCCUGGUAUUCAGCCUACAACCCUCCUCCUUCCCGACGGAGCAGGGCCGGGUGGCCUACAUUAUCACUCUGUUGAUGGGUCGGGCCCUUUCCUGGGCUACCGCGGAGUGGGAGAGCCAAACUCUGGCAUGCUCCAACUCCUACCAAUUCACCCGGGAGCUAUGCAAGGUGUUUGACACUUCUCGGGUGGUGUCAGGGCACGAGGCCGGGAGGCGGCUCACGGCCUGUCGGCAGGGUGACCGUUCGGUGGCGGACUACUCCGUGGAGUUCCGGACCCGGGCUCGAGAGGCAGGAUGGGAGGAGGCCGCCCUGGUUGUCCUUUACGCCCAAGGGCUAUCAGAGGGGAUGAAGGAUGAACUCUCCUUCAGGGAUCUGCCUGAGUGACUGGACGGCCUCGUCGAACUCUCGGUGCGGGUAGACAAUCGGCGUCGUGAGAGGGCGCAUGAGAGAGGGAUGACGCAAGGCGUGCCUCCGCGUCCCCCUAUCAACCCGGAGGCUUUCCGCCGAUUCAGGGAGGAGACGCUUCAGGAGGAGGCUAUGCAGCUGGGGGCGGCACACUUGUCCAGGAUGGAGAGGCAGAGGUGUCUGCUCCAGGGACGUUGCCUGUACUGCGACCAGGCAGGUCACCACUGCGACUCAUGCCCAGAGAAGCCGAGAAACGUGAGGGCUCGCUAGUAUCGGGAGGGCUGCUAGCGAGCCGGAACCGAAACCCCAACCCCAGAGACUCCCAGACUUUUCUCCCCGUCAGGGUUCAGUGGGCCCGCGCUGCGCGUCGGGCGCAUGCACUGGUGGAUUCUGGGGCCACGGGAAACCUGAUGGACGCGGGGCUGGCCCAAGGGUGGAGCGUUCCGUUACUCUCCCUCUCCGAGCCGGUUCCGGUCAUGGGCCUGGACGGCCGGUCGUUGGGGUUGGGCUUCAUCACCCGGCGCACUGUCCCCGUGCAUGUCCAGGUGGUGGGGGGGGCUAUGGGAGGAUAUCCAGUUUUUCAUUGUGGACUCUCCGGAGUGUCCCCUCAUCCUCGGGCACCACUGGCUGGUCGCCCACAAAUAGACUGGUCCACGGGGCGGCUCACCCUGGAGGGAGGCUCUGCCCCCGUCCUGUUCCGGUCUCCACUGACCACUCAUCAGCCCACCGGGAGGACGGCGGCUACAAACUCCGUCACCGGCCCAGACCUGGCAGGCAUUCCUCGGGAGUAUUGGGAUCUGGGGGAGGUGUUUAGUAAGAGGCGUGCCAAGGGCCUACCUCCUCACAGGCCUUACGACUGCGCUAUUGAUCUCCUGCCGGGCACCAUGCCCACACGAGGGUGAUUGUUUUCCUUGUCCCGGCUGGAGACGCUGGCCAUGAGGGAGUAUAUCGACGAGGCACUCGUCGAGGGCCACAUCCGUCCCUCUACCUCACCCGCGGGCGCGUGCUUCUUCUUCGUGGGGAAAAAGGACGGUGGGCAGCGGCCAUGCAUUGAUUACCGGGCGCACAACGACAUCACGGUUAAGAACCGCUACCCACUCCCCCUGAUGACGACGGCAUUCGAGUCGUUGCAGGGAGCCCGGGUCUUCAUCAAGCUGGACUUACGUAAUGCCUACAACCUGGUGAGGAUUCGGGAGGGGGACGAGUGGAAGACGGCUUUUAACACACCCAGUGGGCAUUACGAGUACCAAGUCAUGCCGUUCGGUCUAGCCAACGCGCCUGCGGUGUUCCAGGCGUUGGUCAAUAACGUGCUCCGGGACCUCCUCGACUACAGCGUCUUCGUGUAUUUGGAUGACAUCCUAAUAUUUUCGAAAGACAUGAGUGAACACCAGCAGCAUGUUCGGCAGGUCCUCCAACACCUUCUCCGCCACCAGCUCUACGUCAAGGCGGAGAAGUGUGUGUUCCACACAGAGACCGUCUCCUUCCUGGGGUUCAUCGUCACACAGGGGGACCUACGGAUGGACCCAGCCAAGGUUAGCGCGGUACUGGAUUGGCCCCAGCCCUCAUCCCUCAAGCAACCACAACGGUUUUUAGGGUUUGCAAAUUUUUAUAAGUGAUUUAUUCGCAAUUUUAGCUCCCUAGCCGCUCCCCUGACAGUCCUCUCAAGACGAGCGUACGCUCCAUCGCCUGGACCCCGGAAGCGGGGAACGCAUUUGAUGCGCUUAAGCGGCGGUUUACAUCGGCCCCGGUCCUCGGGCAUCCUGAUCCGUUCCUGCCGUUCAUUGUGGAGGUGGAUGCUUCAGACGUUGCGGUGGGAGCAAUCCUGUCCCAGCGGUUCCUUACGGACGGUAAGACUCACCCCUGUGCGUUUUUCUCCCGUCGGCUGUUCCCGGCGGAGCGGAAUUACGAUGUGGGGAACCAUGAGCUGCUAGCGGUCAAGCUCGCCGUGGGGGAGUGGAGGCAUUGGCUAGAGGGGGCCGACCAUCCAUUCGUCGUAUGGACUGACCACAAGAACUUAGCCUACAUUCAGGGGGCCAAAAGGCUCAACUCGCGCCAGGCCAGGUGGGCGUUGUUCUUCACCAUUUUCUGGUUCACCAUCUCAUACCGUCUGGGGUCAAAGAACACAUAGCCUGACGCGCUCUCCCUGCAGUUCGACGCCAUGGACCUGGUGGAGAGGGACGACCCCAUUGUCCCCAACGCCCUGAUUGCUGCCCCAGUUUCGUGGGGAAUUGAUAGGCUGGUCAGAGCAGCGCUACGGCGGGAGCCCAAUCCGGGCGGAGGUCCAUCGGGGAGGAUGUACGUACCCAAGGCUGCUCGCUCGUGACUGCUUCAGUGGGCGCACGCGCCCAACCUCACCAGCCAUCCAGGAAGCGCCAGGAUGUUGGAGUUCCUGCGUAGCAGGUUCUGGUGGCCAUCUGUUGAGGGGGAUGCGCACGCCUUCGUGGCUGCUUACCCGGUGUGCGCACGCACGAAGAGCUCACGUCAGCCCGCGGCAGGGCUGCUCCGACCCCUGCCUAUCCCCAAGCGCCCCUGGUCCCACAUCUAGCUGGGUUUCAUUUCCGCCCUACCCCCCUCUGAUGGAUACACAGUAAUCCUGGUCGUUGUGGACCGGUUCUUGAAGUCUGCCCACUUCAUUCCCCUUCCCCAACUCCCGUCGGCCCGGGAGAUGGCUAAGUUGGUGGUGCAGCACGUUUUACGGGUCCAUAGCAUUCCCCAAGAUGUGCGUCGGAUCGGGGCCUUCAGUUCGCCUCCAGGUUCUGGAAGGCGUUCGCCACCUGCCUUGGCGCCUCCGUCAGCUUGUCUUCCGGCUUCCCUCCCCAGUCGAACGGGCAGAUGGAGUGCGUCAACCAGGAUCUGGAGGGGGUGCUGAGGUGCUACGCCUCCAGCAACCCAGCUACGUGGAGUCAGCGACUGGCGUGGGCGGAGUACGCCCACAACACUCUUCUCUGCUCGUCAACCGGCCUGUACCCCUUCCAGUGCCAAUACGGGUACAAACCCCCCCUAUUCCCCAAGCAAGAGGAGGAGGCGGCGGUCCCGUCGGUCCAGGGCCCACAUCAGUCGCUAUCGCCGCACCUGGAGGCAGGUACGGGCGGCGCUUAAGCGGGCCUCGGUCAGGUCUCAACAUCAGGCCAACCGCAGGCGUCGCCCGGCCCCGGUCUUUCGCCCAGCCCCGGUCUUUCGCCCAGGACAGAGGGUGUGGCUCUCCACGCGGUCCUGGGUGCCCAGGAGGGUAAUUCUGGACCCAGGGCUGAUAACAACAUUCCGUCACCUCCACUCGGAGACGCCGAGAUGAACGGCUGGGGCUGGCUGACAGCCUCUCGCAAACACACACUGUCAGCAGCGUCUCUAGAUGCCUAUUUGAGCCGACUCCGAGCUGGGAUAGUUUGUUUCAGCAACAGGAGGCUCUAGGUCAGUAUCACACACACCAAACAUCACAUAACUGAAAGGUUAUAGGAUCUCCCGUCAUCCUUCUCUCUUUCUGUCUCUCUCUGUGUCCAUCUACUCCAUGCCAGGGUACAGCUGUAGCAUUAAAGAGCGGAUGUUGUACUCCAGCUGUAAGAACCAGCUACUGGAUGAGGUGGAGAGAGACUGCUGUCUAGCGAUCACCAAAAAGGUUCUACAAUUACACACUCUCCAUCUUACCCAUCUUUAUUUUACAUUACAAUAUCACAGUUAAAAGGGAGUGGGCAUGUAUACUGAUCUUGUUUUUCAACAGUGUUCUCUCUUUCUCCCUCUUCCAUUAGUUGUGUUUCUCUCUCCUUCUGUGCGUGUGUGUGUUUGCGUGUGUGUGGGUGUGUGUGUGUAUUUGUGUGUGUGUGUAUGCGUGUAUGCGUGCACGCAUACAGAUGGAGAUUGACGGUGAGGAUGGGCUGAUGAAGGAGUUUCUGAAUGAGGAGGUCCAUCCCGUUGAACACACUCUGAAACAGGCGUUCGCCAAGCCACGUGGGCCAGGAGGGAAGAGGGGCAACAAGCGCCUCAUCAAGGGGGCUGGAGAGUACAGAGAAGAGAACUAG